CGUCCAAAAUGACAAUCAAUUUCAUCCUCUCUUCUGUCCUCUUCCUAGCUCUUAUCCAAACCUCAAUUGCUAGUGGCAUAGCCAUUUACUGGGGCCAAAACGGCAACGAAGCAACCUUAAACGACACCUGUGCUUCAGGCAGACAUACCUACGUUAACUUAGCUUUCCUUAACAAAUUCGGUAAUAACCAAAUCCCAGAACUCAAUCUUGCAGGUCACUGCAACCCUUCCAUCAACGGUUGCACAAUUGUCAGCCCAGAAAUCAAAAUCUGCCAAAAAUUAGGUGUCAAAAUAAUGUUAUCUAUUGGUGGUGGCAAAGGAAAUUACUCCUUAGCUUCCAAAAAAGACGCUAAAGACGUGGCACGUUAUUUAUGGAACAAUUACUUAGGUGGACGUUCAACUUCUAGACCUUUAGGAAAUGCUGUUCUUGAUGGAAUUGAUUUUGAUAUUGAACUUGGAUCAUCUCUUUACUAUGAUGAUUUAGCUAAAUUCUUGAAAAAUAAAAGCAAGGGUAGAGCAAAAAAAAAAGUGUACCUAACAGCAGCUCCACAAUGUCCAUUUCCUGAUAGAUUACUUGGUACUGCAUUAAAUACAGGGUUAUUUGACAAUGUUUGGGUUCAAUUUUAUAACAAUCCACCGUGUCAGUAUACUACUAAUAAUACUGAUAAUUUGAAGAAUUCUUGGACAACGUUGGUGAAUGCUAGAAAAAUAUUUUUAGGGCUACCGGCGGCACCACAGGCUGCCGGAAGUGGGUUUAUUCCGGUGGAUGUGUUGACCGGAGAAAUUAUUCCGGUUAUAAAGAAGUCAAGGAAAUAUGGUGGUGUUAUGUUGUGGUCCAAAUUUUGGGAUGAGCAAAGUGGUUAUAGUGCAUCUGUUCUGAAGAGUGUGUGAAAAUUGUUUGUGAGGAAUUUGGAAAUAAGUAAAGCUGAAAGGCAAUGAAUUAAGCAUUUUGUUAUUCGAAAUUAUUUUGGUUUUUUUUGCUUUGUUGAAUCACGAAUUCAGAAUUGUGAUGUUUGUAUGACUGUUAUUUUUAUAUAAAUAAUGUAAAUUCGGUGUGGUAUUGAUAUAAUUGUCCUCAAUAGGUCCGUAUUCAUCUACUACAAUGCACUGU